CUGACCAAGCUACAUGAAUCUUCUGGCCCACCUCGCCUCACUUGCUUUCGGCCCUGCCUUUAUCUAACUCUCAUUGCCGGGCAGCGGGCGCUUUGUAUCUGCCUCCGCCUUCUGCCCUCAUCUCUCCCCGUUCCAGUGUCUGGUAUUCAGCCAUCAGAAUCUACACUUAAUAACUGCCAUGGCAAGGCAGAGCCGCAAUCACAGAGGCUCCAGGGUUGUAGCACAAAUGACCAUUGGAUAGUCCGUGUCGAUGCGAGAUUCAAUAUUGCAGCUGAUCAAACUGCUCUUCAUGCUUCUAUCAACGGACUUGUGGUGAAGCCGCUUCUGACCCCAGCUUGGAGUAUAAUUGGCUCUAAGACGAAUGCUUCCAUUACGCCUCUUACAAGCACUCACAAGGGCAACCAGGAGAAUUCGACUCCUUCAGCAGACUUAUUUCACUUGGUGGACACUUCUACUCUGCACUGUGAUUGCAUUAUGCUCAAUUCCACAGACAGCUUGCCAUUGCCAUGGUGGCGGGUUACGCAUCCUGAUGUGUUAGACCGACCGACCGACACUUCUGCGACUGCCUUCUCGGGAUCUACUCUCUCUUCCACCUGCCAAUACCGCCUUGUAUGGCGACACGUCUUGGUCCUCUGUGCGUGCGUUUCCAAUCCCUUGGAACUUGGCCCAUGGAGUCGGCCUUUUCAACUUCCAGUGUUCGAUCUGGCUUUCGUCCCUGUGGGAUAA